CUUUCGGAAAAUAGUUUUUCAAAUAAUUUGAAAAAUCUGAUUUAUUACACGCUUUGACAGUAAUCAAACAGAAACUGAAAUAUUUUACAGUUUAUUCGAAUUAUUACGGUCGUUUGUUUACGUGGAAACGGGCGUUUUGUCUGUGUAGUUUUGUGUGUUGCCCUAUAAAAGAUCACAAACUUGGCAGGCGAAGGUCACAAUAAGCAUUCGUUUCAUGGGGAAGAGCUGUGCAUUUCUUCAAAACAUCUUAUUUUGUUUCAUCCUGCAGGAAUUGGAACAACAUGAGGGUCUGUGUCUUUAUCUUUUGAUGAGAUUGAGUACCAAGCACUUCAAGGCCAUGCAGGAGAGCUGCCCCUCUCAGUACAUCCAUAACAGCCUCAAAGGAAACCGGAGAGACAAUCCAGCAAACGAGAACCAGCAGGGAAGUGGGCUCCCCGACAUCACAGCAGAGCCAGGGCUGACGGCGAGCUUUGAAUCCAGUGGAGUUACACUGAUUGGAAGAGAGCACAACAGAGAUGUGUAGUGUCGCUGCCUCAUGGCGUGCCACUGAACGGCCAGUAUCUUACCCACCGCAUCUGGUGCUUAUUUAGAGGGCUGUCAUGAGCGCAGCAGCGCCUAUCCCCCCUCCAUGCCCUUUCAGCCCGGUUAUCAAACACAGAGUCGAUUUGGGAGUUCACAACCUUAAGUUUGUGAUAUCAGCCUGCAUGUGUGCGUGACACAAGGUUUUGGUUGCUCUCAAAUAGUACAUCAUUUCACUUGUGGAAAGUCACACCUAUACCAUGAUUUUUAAUGAUACCCUCAACUUUAUAUGAUAAAAUAAACAAACCCGACCUCAAAGCUCCGGAGAACAGGAAGGAGAUCUGCACGAUUCAGAGCACCACAACCACAGCAAACUGCAUUCUGUGUUCCACUGUGUUUGGAAAAAUAAACCCAGGUCUUCUAAACCAUCUAAAUAUAGAGGGAUGAAAUUGUAAGACUAAGAAUUGUGGGUUGACAGAAAGGUCAAAAGUGGAGUUCUGCCUCAGGUAUGCGGCAUUAAAGGUGGAAUACACGCAAUACAGCAUCCUGAAACGAGCACAAUUACUCAACAGCUGAAAGGUAAAUUGGACAGAUGUUUGUGGAGAUCAGGUGACGUGGGCAGGGUGAGCAUCAAGCUGUUAACCAUGAGUUUCCAUGAGGCAGAGAGGAGGCCGGCUCUCUUUCAGAGGCAGUCUUUCAGGCAGAUGUUACGGAACCUGUUCCUUGUCCAGAUGCAUUGGCAACUUUUGGCUCUCCUCUUCCUUGUUUGUCAGACACUUAUAUUGACGUUGGCUGUGAGAAAACGAAGCGAGAGCUGGCGACAGGACUGCAGGAGCUGUCUGGAGUGUUCGAAGGAAAAUGGCUGCCUGCGCUGCUCUGAGCGCCUCUUCCUGUUCCUGAACAGAGAUGGCAUGAGUCACCACGGCUCUUGUCUUCACUCCUGCCCCUCUGGACACUUCGGCCUCCGAGGCAAAGAUCUCAACCGCUGCAUGAAAUGCAAAGCUCCAGAGUGUGAGAGGUGCUUCAACAAAGACUUUUGCACCAAGUGCAAGGGAGGAUAUCUGCUCUUCAAAGGCAAAUGCUUCAAAACCUGUCCAGAGGGCACAUUUCCUCAGUCCACAGACUGUGUUGAAGGCUGUGUGUUCAGUAUCUUUGGUUUCUGGGGUGAAUGGAGCCCAUGCCAGCACAACGGCCUGAGCUGUGGCAUCAGAUGGGGGCAUCAGAGCAGGACCCGUGAGCUGUCCAGAAACACACCUGAAGAGACAGAAUCGCUCUGCCCACCACAGACUGAGAGCAGAAAGUGCAGGAUGAAGAAAAGGUGUCCAAAAGAUAAAAGGAAAAAUGAAAGGAGAGAAGAAAGAAGAAAUGCACAGAAAAAGCUAAAGCUCUUUGGGAACAAAACCGUCACAGAACCUCCAUGGAGAGUGUAACAGAAGUCAAUUUUAUAUAAACGUUUUUUAUAAACAAAUUUUUAGUAAAAUAUUUUGUAUAAAUAAUUGUAAUAUUGCCCCUUUAAUAAAUAUGUAGCAAGAGACUGCACAUCCUUUUUAAUGCAGAUGUAUUACAUUUUGUUUACGUUAUUAUGGUGCAUCCUAACCUGUAUUUAUACAUUUAUUUUAUUGACAAGUCGGGAGGGUUUUCCCCAACGCUACCGCAUGACUUAAACCCCCAGUACAGUGUGGUUUAACAAAGACAAGAUUCAUAAAACUGUACAUUUCCAUCUGAUGAAUAACAGACGAACAGCUUCAUGUGGUUUGAGCUGUAUCUCCACAGGCUGUUCUGUGUUUUCAGCCACAUACGUUCCCUAUAUUUGCACUUCUUUGCUAUAAUUACAUUAGGAACACAAAAAAAAAAAAAAAAAAAA